UCCCCCGCCUCCCGCUCGGUGCCGGUGGCCGGGCAGCGCCGAGCCCCGCGGAGCGGCAUGGCCGGGGGCCGGGGGUGCUGCCGCCGCCCGGCCCUGCCCGCAGCUCUGCCCGCAGCCCUGGGGCUCUGCCUCAACCUCUGCCUGCUGCUGCCGCUGCCCGCAGCCGCCUGGAGCCCGGCCCUGCUGCCGCCCGCCGCCCGCAGCAACUGGUGCUCCUACACAGUGACACGGACGGUGUCGUGCCACGUCCAGAACGGGACCUUCCUCCAGAGGGUCUUCCAGGGCUGCCGCUGGCCCCUGGCCUGCAGCGGGGGCAGCUACCGCGCCGUGGUCCGGCCGCUCUACAGGGUGACCUACAGGACACUGACGGCGCUGGAAUGGCGCUGCUGCCCCGGACACGCCGGAGCCAACUGCGAGGAAGAGGCUCACACCCUCCUCACCCUGCGGGACACCGGGCGCCCCAGCGCAGCCCCGCGCCGGCCCCCCCUGCACCCCACGGCCUUCUCAGGGUGUCUGAACUGCAGCCGUGUCGGGGAGCUGACAGCCCGGCUCGCCACCCUCGAGGCGCAGGUGGCCCGGCUGGCGGUGGCCGAGCCCCCCACCCCAGCAGCCCCCAAGAGCGGGGGGCCCGAGGCUGGGCAGCUCUGGGGGUCCCCAGCCGCCCGCGGGAGCCCCGGGGAUGAUGGGAGACCCGGCUGGAGGGGACCCCCCGGCCCCAAGGGCGACGUGGGAGGACGGGGACCCUCGGGAAUUCCUGGAGUGAAGGGUCCGGUGGGGCCCCCAGGUCCCCCCGGCCCCCCAGGACCACCCGGGCGAGAUGGAGCCAGGGGGUUCCCCGGAGAGAAGGGGUUACCCGGGCCCCCCGGCCCCCCGGGCCCCCCUGCCCCUGUGGGGCCGGCGAUUCCCCGACUGGCCGAGCCCAGGGACCCUGUCCUCUCCAACACCUUCACCGAAGCCACCAGGAGCAUCACGGGUCCCAUGGGACCCCCCGGACCCGUGGGGCCAAUGGGUCCCCCCGGCCCCCCGGGUCCCAUCGGUCCCCCCGGGCCCCCAGGAGCCGAUGGCAGAGCAGGAGCUCCCGGGGCUGCCGGGCCCCCCGGGGAGAAGGGGGACAGGGGUCCCCAGGGCCACCCGGGCAGCCGCGGGCAGGACGGGGCACAGGGCGAGCCGGGCCCCCGGGGCGAGCCGGGCGAGAGGGGCACUUGGGGGGAGGGUUUGCACCAGCUCCGCGAGGCGCUGAAGAUUUUAGCGGAGAGGGUUUUAAUCUUGGAAACAAUGAUUGGGCUCUACGAGCCAGAGCCCGGCUCGGGCAGCGGUGCCCCCAGCACGGCGACCCCCGGGGUGCCCCGUGGCAAGCGUGGCGGUGGCCAGCCCCCCUACCGCAUGGUCAGCCCCCCGCGCCCCCCGGAGCCGUGACACGGGCGCGGUGUCACCCCCGGGCCACCCCCGCUGUGCCGCCCUGGGGAGCGGGGUGGGGUCAUCCCCAUCCUCCCUCUUGGUGCUACUGGUGGCACGGCACCCCCACCCCGCGCUUCGCCCCCAUCGCCGCUGCUUGAGCCC